ACGGGACUCUUGAGCGAUAAGGCUGAAAUGGAACUAACUGUGUUUGUCAUUGCUUUAAUCCCUGUAUCAAUACCCUCUUUCCAUCUAAUUGACUGUCUAUAAGGCAGCGUCUAGCUGUUAAACUAAAGCUACUGUAAACUCAUAGCGUGAAGGUGACAGUUGGUACUAGUGGACUGCUUUUGAAAGCUAAGCGAAUCAAUUCUUGUUGAAAAUUUAUUUUGAAUGAGCGAAAGACCAGCAGUCCAACCCCCUCCACUUUUUUUCUGUUUCUCUCUCUCUCACACACUCACUCUUUAUUUAAAAGAAAAACCUGUCAACUAUGGCAACACCAGAAGCUACAUCUGCAACUCCUAGACUUUUUACCCCACUUUCUGGUAAUUUUGGCCUUAAAGGUGAUCAAAAGCCUACGGGAUCUGCUUGGAAUCCACUUCAGUGGCCCUCUUGGUUCUCAUACCAUAAAGGACGUUUAAACUUGCCUAGUCCCGGAAAAUUUGAAAGACUUCAUGGCGAAGUAACCAAGGAGGUCUUUACUACCGCUUACCUCUUUGACGGUGCUCAAGCCAACAUUAUCAAGGAACUUUCUGCCAAUUUCCACGUUCAACAUCAAUUCUCUUUAGGCUCUCAAGUUAUGCCACCCAUGUAUAACUUUAUGUCUGGCUACAUGACCGAAAAGACCAUGUUGCAAGGUACCAUGGAUAACGAUACAAACUUAAACGGCGUUUUCAGACAUGCUUGGUCGAAUAAAUAUGUGACCAAGGUGGUUGCACAGUUUACCAACAUGCCUGGUCAUUCUAUGGUUCAACUUGAGCAAGAAGUAAAUGGAUCAGAUUAUUCUUUGAACUUUAAGACGAUGAAUGCCAAUCCAUUAGAGAUGACAGGUCUCUACAUGGCUUCCUACCUUCAAUCUGUCACCCAAAGCUUGGUAGUAGGAAGUGAAAUCGUCUUGCAGCGUCCUACACGCGACAUGGAAGAGACUGCCAUGUCAUUAGUUGGUAAAUACACUGGUAAAGACUUUAUUGCGACUGCACAAUUCCAAGGCAUGGGAGCAAUACAAGCCAGUUAUUAUCAACGUAUUAAUGAAAAGGUUGACUUUGGUGUCGAACUUAACUUGAUGGCCCAAGGUGGUCGCAGAGAAGCUGUUGCCACUGUAGGCGGCAAAUUCGAUUUUAGAGCAGCUACUUUCAGAGGACAGAUUGAUACAACAGGUAGAGUAUCCGCUGUCUUGGAAGAAAAGAUGGCUCCUGGUUUCUCUUUCCUCAUCAGUGGUGACUUGGAUCAUAUGAAGGUUUGUUGCUAUUGUUUAUCUUUUUCUUUAUAUACUUACAAUAUAAAUAGGGU